CCAGUUUCAGAUAACGUUGAAUACAAACCCAUAUGAAUGUGGAAUGAGCCACAUUGUAUUAGUGAUCUGUGAGCCGCUCACUGAGUUGCAAGGAUGGAGAACAGUGCCAAAACGCAUGGAAGUGAUUCGUAAAGAAGGGAGCGAAGAUAGAGUUGGACAGAUAACAUCGGGCACAUAUAGUGUGCGCCUCAACAGACCUCUUGCUUUCGCCUGGGUGCAUAUGGAUAUCACUCCGGAAGACAAGUCAAAUCAUCAAACAUGCUUCCAUCGUAUGUUCGUAAUAAUUUACCUGGUACUUUCAUGUUCAUGGCGGUGAAU